AUCUCGCCUCUCGCCUCGGUUUCAUCUCGUCGUCCGCAUCCGUUUUUCGCGCCCGCGAAGACCGUUUUUCGCUCGCAUUGCGUUCCAGUUUCCGCGACGCGAAAUCGCAUUGUUUAAACUCGCGGUGAACGCGGUGAACGGAGUGACCCUCGACGAAAGACGAAGGAAGUUCGAUCCGGAGGAUCUACGUUUACGCCACAGGAUUUUCUCAAUCGUGUUUUCCGGUUCAAGAAAAUCUUUCGAAACCUUCGCGUUCGGUUAUCACGAAGCAUUUUUCUUGAAGAUGUAAAGUGCGAGAUCGCAAUACCAAUUUUGCGAUGCACUUUUCCACCACAUUAUAUCCAGGACAAUUUUAGCUUCCUUUAACGAUUGCGGUAUUAUAUAUGAAUUGUGUCGCCGAUGUGAAACGAGUGUUUUGCUUAUCACGAACGAUUCCGGGAGCAUGAAACGAUCGCAUGACUUCGAAGUGUCAGUGAAACAAGAGUCUGGACAUUAAAAUCUUGACGAACUCGGAGGCAUUGUUCUACCCUUAUCUGUCGAAGCCGUCGGCGGUGCAAUUGUGGAUAGCCCGACUGGUGAUUGGGUACAGCUGCAGCAGCAUCGGGUAAAUGCAGCGGCGACGGCCGACGCCUUUAUGAAUUACGUGGACAGGUCCAGGAUGGUUUCACACAUCAUCCCUGUUUCUGGGGAGCUGCAGCAGGGAAAUGGUAAUCUGGGCUCCGCAGGACUCAGUAGUAUGCAGGACUCUCCUCAUUCUCUGAAGAUCAAACAGGAGCCAUUUCAGCUGUCUCCGCCGUCACCCCUGCCGCCUCUUCAUCAAGUGAGCGGUUUCGUGUCCGACCUGCAGAGCGGAUGUAUCGGCGGCAGUGCGAAGGACCUCGACUCCUCGUCAAUUCCUAGUAGCUUGGGCCGAGGUUUAACGUCGCAUCAUGUCUCCUUGAGCCACCACCACCAUCACCAUCAUCAUCCCCAUCACAGUUUGCACAGCCCCAGCUCCGUGGUCCCCAUGCACACCACCACCACCACCGCUGGCUCGACGCACCAUCACCUGGAUGACAAGGGCUCGUCGCCCGUGGGCGCCCUUCAUAGUACGACCAAUAGCAAUCCCUCUACACCAUCCGCACCCUCCACGCCCACCGCAGCCACUACCGAUAAUACUGUGGCCAACGUCGCGACCGGCACGACCAACAGCACCAACGGUGGUUCCUCCGCUGCGAACAGCAAACCACCCUUCAGCUACGUUGCUCUGAUCGCCAUGGCGAUACAACACAGCGAGCACAAGAGAGCGACCCUCAGCGAAAUUUAUACGUAUAUCACCGCCAAGUUCCCGUACUUUGAGAAGAACAAGAAAGGAUGGCAGAAUUCGAUCAGGCAUAACUUGUCGUUGAAUGAAUGCUUUGUCAAGGUGCCCCGAGAAGGUGGCGGCGAGAGGAAGGGCAAUUUCUGGACGCUCGAUCCUCAGUACGAAGAUAUGUUCGAAAAUGGCAAUUACCGAAGACGAAGCGCAUGGGGUCUCCAACAGUCGCAACUCUCAUAUAGUCAUUGCCAAUCGCUGCAGCCGCAAUUGCAGCCGAUGCAGUCGAUGCAAAUUCCAACUAUGAACGGCUACAGCCAACUGGGUACCUCGUUAAGCAAUUACCUGGAUGUUCCAGGUGGAACGACCGGAUCGCCCGGUUCCAUGGGCGGCGGCUCUUUCGGUAGCAGUUUCGCCACGUGCGGCAGGAGGCACGAAUCCGCGAUGGCCACGGAUGCAAUGCCUGGAAGAUGCUAUUGGCCCGAGAUGGUAAACGUGAAAGAGGAGCCUGGGACCAACACCGUGUCGACCAGCGGCGUCGGCGUCGGCGUUGGCGUUGGCGGUGUCGGCGUCGGCGUCCCGUCCGGCAUGAUGGCCUCCGCGGCAUCGUCAGGCGUCUCAACGACGGGAUUUCCGCCGAUGGAGUUCCAGACGCGUUCCAAGUGCUUUAUGUGAACACGAGAGGAACCACCGUUAAACAGCAGCGCGUGUUACGUGACGAACCGACGUCGCGAGGAACGAGGGACGAUCCUACGUGAUCUAUCGCGCGGCGCAUUAGAUCGCAACGAGAUGGAUUCGCGAUUCGACGAACGGUGAGCGAUGCAUGAAACGAUGCCCUGAACAUAUCUCUCGAUGACGCGGUAAUGCGGAUUAUAUUUAACAAAUAUUAUCGAAUAAUAUCUGAUAAUCGUUUAGCGAUGUUAUUGGAUGGUCGUUCGCGAAUCUAACCGCGCGGGGAAAUACAACGUAAACGUUUGUGAAACUCGUGUAAUUGCUAUUGUUGUGUUAAUUCGAUGUUAAAGGUACGUACGUCGUGCGUCUUUACUGUGUAGGUGCGCUUGUUCACGUUCGUUAAAUACGUAAAGCGCCACGCAAUACGGAGACAAUCGCAUGUAUUAUGCGAGAUAUUACGACACGAUGCGAUACGGCGAUUCUUUAGCGAUUCCGGAAUCUUUUUCGCAGGAGUGAAGGCCGGGAUCGCGCCUGUUGUAGUCCUGAUCGGUCGAAGACCGCCGUGUUAGAUGAAAACAGGAACGAUCGCGAAGAACGAUCUCUCGAUUUUAUCCCCAUUUUAUCGACGAUAUAAAACGUUUGAAAAUACCUCUAUAUCUUCGCGCACAUCGUUUUCGACUGCUAGACAGUAUUUAAUAUCCUGGCGAGAGGAGCGAGAGGCGAAGAAAGUUUGUUCACAACGGGAAUGAGAUAUCGUUUUGAUUGCGAUAGAACAGAAAACGCGUUCGUUUGGAUCGACUGUAAUUAGUAUUCGCUCCGAAAUUUCCUCAUUCGUGAAUCCAAUAUACAC